AUGAACCCUAACGAUAGAAACCGCAGACCCCCAGGCAGCAAGAAGGGUGUCCCUGCAAUCCCCAAGAGGAAUAUGGAUGACGAUGAAGAAGAAGUCACCCGAAGAAUUGGAGGCGUACGGCCCAACUUUAGCCCCAAUCUAUCCAAUACUCAAUUCGCAUCUCCCAUGCUGCCGUCACCUAUGAUGCAAACAGCCCCAUCUAAAUUACAAGCCUCAGUCCCCAAUAAAAGUAGACAGGUGUACAACUGGGCUCUUCACACUGUUCCAACAUUGCCAGAAUUUUACCCUCUGGAGCGCACAGCCGUCUUUAUAGCCGGUACUUCUUGCGAGACAAUCGCUUCACGUAUUGCCAAGGUGCUUCGAGAACGAUCAAUUGAAGCCUCAUACGAUGACGCUAAAGCUAAGGUCAGAUGCAUGUCUACUGAAGGUGUUGACUUUCGUGUUCGCUUGUACCGUGGACGCGAUCAAUUCAGCGAUGGAAUCAUUGUGGAAGUCCAACGGCGCUUUGGCUCUGGCUUGGCUUUCUACAACGAAACGAAAGCUAUUCUGAAUGCUGCUGAAGGCAAGCCACCCGCUCCCACACCAAUGACACUCUCUUCGAGAAACCUCCCAGAGGUUUCGGAUGAUGAAGAUGACAGUUACGUCCCACCACCCAGUGGUGCUUCUUCGCUCUUGGUUGUCUCCAAGAUGCUUCGAAUCCCAGGAUUUGAUGGACAGUACCUCGGUCUCUCUACCCUUGCCACUCUAGUGGAUCCGGAGAAGAUGUCUCCUCAAACUUCCAGAAAAGUCUCUGCUGAGCUCCUCAAGCCCGACAGCGAAAGCGAUGUUGGCCCUCAAGUGUUCAGUUAUAUUAUCAGCCGAAAGGAAGAUGAAGACUACGCUCAACUACGAAUCUUGGCUUUACAAGUACUUGCCCACGCCAUCAAGGCCACUGGGAUCAUUCCUGCAUUUCUUAGAGGCGACCUUCGGGCUGUCCUCUUGGAGGAUGUCAAGGCCGCUGAGAAGCAUCCAAGAGCUGCGUGUGCCGCUCUCGGCUCCAUGGAAUUCUUUAUCCAUGGUGAUGAAGACACUAUGGAAUUGAACGAAGCGUUCGAGUCUGCCUUUGCAGCUGGCGAAGCACGACACAACAUGCUAAUGCAACAAGCACAACGAUGUAUUGCUACUAUUCGAUAA